UCUUUUUUUGGACAUUUUAUUAAAUGCAGGUUGAAAUGCUAACACCUGUUUGUCUCAUGUGUCUCCUUCUCGCGUGAGUUAUAUCUAUAUUCCCUCCUUGAGACACCUCUAACAUCCAACCUCCGUUACAAAUGUGGCUGGAGCAGCUGCCCCCGCGACCCGACUUCGGAUAAGCGGUUGAAGAUGGAUGGAUGGAGUAUUAUAUUUCCAUGUUUUACAGUGUUCAGUGGACUGUUCAGAUGAUGUCAUGGACUCCACAAAGGAUCUCAGUGGACAGACAGACACAGGGAAGGUCAAGAGUGUCAUUCAUGGAGAAUCUCCUGAAUCCAGCUGUGUGUCCAUGAAGAGUGACCAGUCAAUGGAUCCUCCACUUAAAUUCAGUUCAGGAGCCCCUUGUGCUGAUGUGAGUGUCAUUCAUGGAGAAUCUCCUGAAUCCAGCUGUGUGUCCAUGAAGAGUGACCAGUCAAUGGAUCCUCCACUUAAAUUCAGUUCAGGAGCCCCUUGUGCUGAUGUGAGUGUCAUUCAUGGAGAAUCUCCUGAACCCAGCUGUGUGUCCAUGAAGAGUGACUGGUCAAUGGAUCAACCACUUAACUUCAGUUCAGGAGAGUCUUUGAUCAACUACAGAAACAAAAAGGAUGCUUCAGCGUCAACUGCUGGGAAAGUGCCAUUGGACUCCAUUUUUGAGGAACUUGAGCACAAAAUCAUCUCUCUGAUGAAGAAAGAGCUGAAGAGUUUCAAGAGACUACUGAUCUCAGAUUCCCCAGCAUGCUCUGAGGAUGAAGGUCAGAGCAGAGUCAGAGAGGGGUUUCUGAAGAUCACACUGCACGUCCUGAAGAAGAUGAAGCAGACAGACCUCGCUAACACACUUCAAACCAAACUGAUUUCUGUGCAUCAACAAAAACUCAAAACAAAACUAAAAGAGAAAUUCCAGAGAAUUACUGAAGGAAUGUCAAAUCAAAGCAGCUCAACACUUGUGAAUGAGAUCUACACAGAGCUGUACAUCACAGAGGGAGGGAGUGCAGAGAUCAAUAAUGAACAUGAGGUUAGACAGAUUGAGACAGCAUCCAGGAGAGCAGAGACACAGGAAACACCAAUCAAAUGCAAUGACAUCUUUAAAGCCUUACCUGGACAAGACAAAGCCAUCAGAACUGUGCUGACUAAAGGAGUUGCUGGAAUUGGAAAAACUGUCUCUGUGCAGAAGUUCAUUGUGGACUGGACUGAAGGAAAAGCAAAUCAGGAUGUUCACUUCAUAUUUCCACUUCCUUUCAGAGAACUCAAUCUGAUGAAGCACAAAAAUAUCAGUUUGAUGGAUCUUCUUCAUCAGUUUUUCACAGAUACAAAAGAACUGAGAGAAUUGAAAACAUUCCUUGAUGACUACAAAGUCAUUUUCAUUUUUGAUGGUCUGGAUGAGUGUCGACUUCCUCUAGAUUUCCAGAACAAUGAUAUUUUGUGUGAUGUGACAGAAUCGGCCUCAGUGGAUGUGCUGCUGACCAACCUCAUCAAGGGGAAUCUGCUUCAUUCUGCUCUGCUCUGGAUCACCUCUCGACCAGCAGCAGCCAAUCAGAUUCCUCCUGAGUGUGUUGACCAGCUCACAGAUGUACGAGGCUUCAAUGACCCUCAGAAGGACGAGUAUUUCAGGAAGAGAAUAAAAGAUGAGCGUCUGGCCAACAGAAUCAUCACACACAUGAAAUCAUCAAGAAGCCUGUACAUCAUGUGUCACAUACCAGUCUUCUGUUGGAUUUCAGCCACUGUUCUCCAGAGACUGUUGAGUGAAGCAGAGAGUGCAGAGAUCCCCAAGACUCUCACUCAAAUGUUCACACACUUCCUGAUCUUUCAGAGCAAACUGAAGAGCCAGAAGUAUGAUGGGAAAUGUGAGGUGGAUCUUCAGCAGGCUAGAGAGAGGAUUCUGUCUCUGGGAAAACUGGCUUUUCAACAGCUGGAAAAAGGGAAUCUGAUCUUCUAUGAGGAGGACCUGAGAGAGUGUGGCAUUGAUGUCAGAGAAGCGUCAGUGUACUCGGGAGUUUGUACCCAAAUCUUCAGAGAGGAGUUUGGACUGCACCUGGGGAAGGUGUUCAGCUUUGUGCAUCUGAGCAUUCAGGAGUUUCUCGCUGCUCUGUAUGCUUUUCUUUCCUUUUAUCAACAGAAAUCAGGUCUCUUCAGUAAGUUUAGGUCAUCUAUGAGUGAUCUCCUGAAGAGUGAAGUGGACAAGGCUUUACAGAGUGAGAACGGACACCUGGACCUUUUCCUUCGAUUCCUUCUGGGUCUCUCACUGAAGUCCAAUCAGACAAUCUUACGAGACCUACUGACACAGACAGGAAGCAGCUCUGACAGCAAACAGGAAAUAGUUGAGUACAUUAAAAUAAAGAUCAGGGAGAAUCCCUCUCCAGAGAAAUCCAUCAAUCUGUUCCACUGUCUGAAUGAACUCAAUGAUCAUUCUCUAGUGCAGGAAGUACAAACAUACGUGAACAGAAGAGAUAACAAUCGUCUCUCUGGAGUCAGUCUCUCUCCUGCUCAGUGGUCAGCUCUGGUGUUUGUGUUGCUGAACUCAGAAGAGGAGCUGGAUCAGUUUAAUCUGAGGAAAUAUGAUCCAUCACAUGAAUGUCUUCUGAGACUGCUGCCGGUGAUCAAAGCAUCCAGAAAAGCUGAUUUGAUGGGCUGCGAUCUGACAGAGCAAAGUUGUUCAGCACUGGCCUCAGUUCUCAGCUCAAACUCCUCAAGUCUGAGAGAGCUGGAUCUGAGUAACAAUGACCUGCAGGAUUCAGGAGUGAAGCUGCUCUCUGAUGCACUGAAGAGUCCUCACUGUACACUGGAAAUACUGAGAUUUGCAGCUUGUAGAUUCAAUGAUCAGUGCUGUGAAACUUUGUCUUCAGUUCUACAAUCAUCAAAAUCCCUUAGAGAGCUGGACCUGAGUAACAAUGACCUGCAGGAUUCAGGAGUGAAGCUGCUCUCUGAUGCACUGAAGAGUCCUCACUGUACACUGGAAAUACUGAGAUGUGCAGCUUGUAGAUUCACUGAUCAGUGCUGUGAAAGUUUGUCUUCAGUUCUACAAUCAUCAAAAUCACUGAGAGAGCUGGACCUGAGUAACAAUGACCUGCAGGAUUCAGGAGUGAAGCUGCUCUCUGAUGCACUGAAGAGUUCUCACUGUAAACUGGAAAUACUGAGAUUAUCUGGCUGUAUGGUGACAGAGGAAGGCUGUUGUUCUGUGGCAUCAGCUCUGAGAUCAAAUCUCUCACGCCUGAAAGAGCUGGAUCUGAGCUACAAUCACCCAGGAGAAUCAGGAGUCAGGCUGCUCUCUGAAAGACUCAACGAUCCAAACUGCACACUGGACAAACUUAAUGUGGAUCAUGGAGGAGAGUUCAGGAUUACAGCAGGACCACGCAAAUAUGUCUGUGAUCUCACACUGGAUUCAAACACAGCACACACUGAACUCAUUCUGUCUGAGGGGAACAGGAAGGUGACACGUGUGAGAGAGCGUCAGUCAUAUCCUGAUCAUCCAGAGAGAUUUGAUGUGUAUCAUCAGGUUCUGUGUAGAGAGAGUCUGACUGGACGCUGUUACUGGGAGACUCAAUGGAGUGGAGAUGCUGCUGAUAUAUCAGUGUCAUAUAAAGAAAUCAGCAGGAAAGGAGAGAGUCGUGACUGUGUGUUUGGACUCAAUGUAAACUCCUGGAGUCUGUGGUGCUCUAAUAACACAUUCACUGUCUGUCACAAUAAUAACAGCACUGACAUACGUCCCCCUUCACACGACUGUAAGAGAGUAGGAGUGUAUGUGGACUGUCCGGCCGGCACUCUGUCCUUCUACAGCGUCUCUGACACACACACACUCACACACUUACACACACUCAUCACCACAUUCACUCGACCCCUCUAUGCUGGAUUUAUAGUUUAUCCUGAUUCCUCAGUGUGUGUGUGUGAAAUGGAUCAUCAGAGACACACACACACAACUGGAUGAGUGAAAUAUACUCACUGUAUCUCACAUCAACACAACUCCAAACUCUUUCUAGAAAUCAUUUCAUCAAUGAAACUGAUUGAAUUCAAUACAAUGACAGUACUUUGUGUCUCACUGUGAUGUGAUUGAACUUAUUUACUAUCAGAUUCAAUAAUAAAAAUAAUGAUUUGAAAUGAAUAAAUGAGUCUAUAUAUGAACUCUUUAUUAAACACACGGCACAUUCAGAUACUCAUUGUUUUAUUUAUACUAAAUAAACAUUUACAAAUACAGAAUUCUUGUGAUUUUUCUACAGUAUAUAAAUCUUAAUACUUAACAGACAAUUCUAGAAAAAACAG